AUGGAGGCCAUGUCAUACAUAGCCGUGCUCCUACUCCUCUCCUGCUCGCUCACGGCGGCGACGGCGCCGGCCGGCACGAUCGAGCGCGUGUCCAAGCAGCAGAUCCUGGCGAGCAUCCCACCAGGAGGGCACGCCAGCCCGCCCGUGCUGUUCCUCACGUCUCCGUCCGGCAAGUACGCGGCCUACUUCGUGCGCACCCACACCGCUGCCCGCGCGAGCGCGUGGGAGUCGGAGUGCCGGCCGGUGAGCACGGUGAACACGUGCACCCUGCUCUUCUCGUGGCACGGGCUGGAGGUGUUCGACGGGGCCGAGGAGGUGUGGCACGGCGAGACCAACACCGACGGGACCAACUUCCUCCAGACGCUCGAGCUCGUCGACGACGGCGACAUGCGCGUCCGCGACAAGGACGGCGAGCUCGCGUGGCGCGCCAGCGACGAGCCCCGCCACGCGCAGCACUGCGGCGCGCCGGGGUCCCCGGGCCUCGCGGCCGCGCUGCCGCCCUUCGCCGAGCCCAUUGGCGCGCACAGCAGCAACCUGCCCUUCGGCCAGGUGGAGGGCGGCAACGGCCACGCGGCCGAGCUGCCGCAGGCGGCGCAGCUCGGGGACGGGGUUGCUCCAGGGGCCGGAGCCUUUGCCGGCGUAGGAGGAGUUGCCCCGGGAGCAGGCGGCUUGGGCGACGGGUACGGCUACGGCAUUGCACCAACGGCGGGAGGCGGCGGAGAGGGUGCCGCGGGGGCAGGACCCUUGGGUGACGGCUACGGGAUUGCACCGGGCGCCGGGACAGGAGCCUUCGAUGGUACCGGGGACAUGGGCGGACAGGGUGAAGCCGCGACGGCGGCGGGGGCUGCGGGCGGUGUGGCCGGAGCGGCAGCGUUCGGCAGCCAGCCGCUGGUGGACAACAGCCCGUACGACAGCGGAGCCUACAAGGGCAGCCGUGGGGGCCGUCUGGCAGCGAUUGGAACCGUGGUUUUGGUCGGUGCCAUUGCCGUGGGUUUCUGA